UUCAGUCUCAAUCAGAUUAUUAUCAGUACGCAAGUACGUAUACGUCACGUUGUGUCCAACUGGAACACUGUUGACACAGUUGGCAAAUACUUUUCGGUCAAACAAAAGGACGAAUACAAAUUCCUUUCAAUCUGUGUGCGUGUACGUGUUGCACAGCAACUGUGCGUGGCUUCUGCUAUCGGCAAACGAACUUUAAAAUCAGACAACAGAGCGACAAGCAGAGUAGAGAGCCGAGAGCCAUAACAGAACAGAACAGUGGAAAAGAGAGGAGAACAGGGCAGGAGCAAAUAUUUGCUGAUGCACGAGUACGAGUCCGUCUACUUCAAGACACAAUUGAGACGCACUCCAUUUUAUUUUCACACCGCGGCAUCGUUUGUUCAGACACCGUGCACCAAUACUAACAACAACAGCAACAGCAACAACAACAACAACCAAUGCACGUUAAUGGCACAGGAACGAACACACACACACAUUGGCAAAGUGGGCGGUGCUGAGUGCUGGCGCACAGCACACAGCAUUUGUCUCGCUCUGGUUCAUUCAUGCGACGGCAGCGGAAAGUGAGAUGGCAAGUGCUCAAAAUGCCAUUUUGUUUGCGCUUCUGCUGCGCCGCUGCUGCUGUCGCGACUGCAUGCAUCGAACAAACGCCAGCAGCAGGCAGCCAGUUUGUUUUCUCCCUUCCAAUCGAGCGGCAGCGGCGGUUCCGCAUCGCCUUACGCUCGCGUCAUUCUACGCGCCCUCUCAGACCCAGUCAAUGUGAGCGAUCGCAGCAAAUGCAGUUCAAUUUGAGUGCAAUUAAAAGAUUUAUUCGCCGUCGCCGUCGUCGAUGCGCUUCCACCUUCACUUUAAGCUCAACUGAUGCUGCAUACAUAACGUAAACUAAUGUGAAUGCGAGCAUCGGUCGUCUCCGUCUCCGUCUCAGUUGCGGUUCCCGUUGCCGUCGCCGUCGCCGUUGUUGUCAUCGCUGCCGCCGCCGUCGCCUUUGCCGCGCUGCCAACUCGCAAGAAUUUAUGGAAUUUGGCAUUUGUGGAUUUAGCGAAAAUAUUUUCAUUGAGUGCGCGAGCAAAUGUUUUUGUGUACGCUUCGUUUUCAGAUCUCGCCCGCGUUCCCGUUAACGUUCCCGCACCCCGUGCAAUCAUAAAAGCAGCGUUAAAAUCUUAAAAAUUCACGUGAAAAUUCCGGUGCUUAUAAAUUUAAUUACUAUUUAAAUUAACUGCAAGCAAUACGCAAAACGCGAGUGUUUACGACGGCAUUAAUCCGUCACUGUCUGUGGAAAUUUACCCAUACCCAUAUGUGAAUCACAAAGCCAAGUGUUUUCUUUAUACAGUACCCAUACAAAUUAAAGUAUAUAUGCUUAUGGAUAAAGUGCAUAAAUCAGAUAAAACUCACACCAAUUCACAGAUCAGAACAUUAAUUGGAUUAUAAAAUUUAACUUUUUGACUCCUUGCAAUUUUUCAACGGAAACUCGGACAAGGGAACGGCCCCAUAAUGGAUGCCAGGAAAGCAACAACAAUGAUAACAAUAGCAACUACCAACAACAACAACAGCAACAACAACAAAAACAAAAUCAACUAACAGCAGUCAAGAAUGUGGAAAUGAUAAUUGCAAUCGCCUGCGCAUAGAAGCAAAGCAAAGCGGCUGAAGAAAGUUGAAGAGCAAAAAAAACGCAAGGAAAAUUCAUAGAAAGCAGCAAAAAGAAAAACGCUAAAGAAAAACAACGCACAACAACGCUUUAACAAGAUCGAGAGAAAAAAAAAACAAACAAAAACAUAAAGACGAAAAGUAAUUAAAGCUCUUGAUACAAACGCGAUGGUGUUUUACAAUAUGUAAAUAUAAUUAGCCGAACGGAGUUUUCAUUCCUGGAAUUCGCCAUUGCCAAACGAAGUCAGCGGCAAAUACAAACACAAACUCAAACACAAACACAAUAACAAAACACGCUACUGCAACUUCAGUCCGAGCCGGUUUUAUAAUUACUCCACUUUACUCCACUGGCCGGCAGUUGAGUUUAGCUACUUUUUUUUUCUAUAUAUAUAAGUAUAUCAUUUUUGUCGGCCUAGAGCCAGAGCCAGAGCCAGGCCCAGGCCGGGGCUGAGGCCUAGGCGCAGGCGCGGCCAUUGCAACUGCUGCAGGCGGCUAAAAAAGCGAUUCCAAAAACAGAAAACAGAAAACAGAAAACGGAAAACGAAAAACUGAAUACGGCCAACGGCAAUUGGAAAAGGCGCUGCGAGCGCUGAAAAUUUGUGGAAAAGCUCACGGAAAACUGUGAUUACUGUGAUUACUGUGCGCGCGUGUGAGUGUGUGCGUGCGUGUAUGUACGUGUGCUACAAUCGUUGGAAUACAUCGAAGUGAACAAAUUUCAAUCGACAGAUCGGGAUUUGAGUGCGACUGCAACUGCAACUGCGACGAUGGCAGUGUCCUGCCCAGAAGUAAUGUACGGUGCCUAUUAUCCAUAUCUGUAUGGGCGCGCAGGACCUAGUCGUUCAUUUUAUCAAUAUGAGAGGUUCAACCAGGAUCUGUACUCGUCCUCGGGCGUGCAGCUGGCCGCCUCGUCGAGCGCCUCUGGCAGCUCGCAUUCGCCCUGCAGCCCCAUCCUGCCGCCCUCGGUGAGCGCCAAUGCAGCCGCAGCGGCCGUUGCCGCCGCCCACAACUCAGCGGCCGCAGCCGUUGCGGCGGUGGCCAAUCAAGCCUCCUCCUCCGGCUUGCAGCUCGGCCCAGUCGGCGGCGGCGUUGGCGGCGGACCUGCCAGCGGAUUACUUGGCUCCAAUCUGCCCAUCGGCAGCAGCGCCGCCAGCGCCGGCCUUGGCAUGAGUCCCGUGCUAAGCGGCGCCGGACCCGGCCACGGCAUCCACAGCCGGACACAUCAAACCAAAGAAGAAGAUCUCAUCGUGCCGCGCAGCGAAGCUGAAGCGCGUCUGGUGGGCUCCCAACAGCAUCAUCACAAUGAAUCAUCCUGCUCCUCUGGCCCAGACUCGCCGCGGCAUCCGCACGCGCACCCGCAUUCGCUGCACGGAACGGGGGGAGGUUCCUCGGCGGGCGUCGGCCCAGCCACGGGCGCCAUGUCCAAGGAGCUGCCACUGGACACCAGCAGCAGCAGCGGCGGCGUCGCCGGCGGCGGCGGCAGUCAAGGACGCGCUCAGUAUCUGUCGGCCACCUGCGUUGUAUUCACCAACUACUCGGGCGACACGGCCAGCGUUGUGGACGAGCAUUUCUCUCGGGCGCUCAACUACAGCAAUAAGGAAGCAAAAGGUAGAUAGCAGCAGCCCCAUGUCGAGUCGCAAUUUCCCACCAUCGUUCUGGAACAGCAAUUACGUGCAUCCCAUACCCGCCCCCACACA